AUUAAAUUGUUAAUUAAAUACGGUGCUUUCAAAUAGUUUUACUUGUUGGAGUGUGGAUUUAAUUUUUCUUGCUUAAAGUGGUUAAAUAUUGUAUAUUUCGGUAGUUGUGGGUUUUAUAAUUACAUUGUUUCUUAUCCAUUUGUAACAGAAUAAAAAUGGAGGAGGAAAACAACUUUACGAAUAAAGAAGAAACUGGGACAAAUUAUGGCUUACUAGGGGGAAAGGCUAUGACAAAUAUUGUGCCAGGAGAGGAAAUCGUAAUAUCGGGUAUGUCCGGAACUUUUCCAAAUUCAGAUAACGUUCUUGAAUUUAAAGAAAAUUUGUUCAACAAAGUGAACAUGGUGUUGCCAAACAGGAGGUGGGAUAUAAUCCACCCGGAAAUACCCACAUGUUCGGGCACGAUUCCAAAUCUGGAGAAGUACGACCCUGGAUUUUUUGGGGUCCACGAAAGGCAGUCACAAUCACUGGACCCGAUGAUCGCACAGCUUCAUGAAAAAACGAUAGAGGCGAUCUUCGACGCCGGUCUCCAUCCCUCCGACCUACAAAACACAAGGACGGGUGUAUUCGUCGGCGUCUGCUUCAGCGAGAACGACAAGACGUGGUUUUUCGACAACAGGGGUCCAGAAACAUACGCGAUGACGGGAUCAGAAAGAUCCAUGGCAGCGCAUCGACUCAGUUACCUCCUAAAGAUAAAAGGGCCAUCCUAUACAUGCGACACCGCAUGCAGUAGUUCGCUUUAUGCGUUUGAACAAGCUUUUCGCGCCCUUCGGUUGGGAGAAAUUGACAAUGCAAUCGUUGCCGGGACGAACAUGUGCUGUCACCCCUUUGUAUCCCUGCAGUUUGCAAGAUUGGGAGUAUUAAGUAAGAACGGCUCCUGCAAAGCCUUCGACGCACAAGGUGACGGCUAUGCUAGGUCUGAAGCCGUGGGAGUAUUGCUUUUGCAGAGGGCCAAGGACGCCAAACGAAUAUACUGCGAAGUGAUUUACAUCAAGACUAACUGCGACGGAUAUAAGGAGCAAGGCAUAACUUUUCCCUCCAAAAACGCUCAGAGAGAUCUCUUGAAUGACUUCUAUGAUGAGUGCGGGGUGGAUAGAUACAGUCUCAGCUUCCUGGAGGCCCACGGGACAGGUACGUUUGUUGGCGACCCAGAAGAAUGUUCGGCUAUCGACGACGUUUUUACCAAAAAAAGAACAAAACAGUUGUUGAUCGGUUCCGUAAAGUCCAAUAUUGGUCAUUCUGAACCGGCUUCGGGAGUUUGUUCUAUAAUAAAGUGUAUUAUUGGCAUGGAAUCUGGCUUCAUCCCUCCUAAUAUCCAUUACAACAAACCAAGAUCUGAAAUAAAAGGCCUAGUGGAAGGACGGAUGGAAGUGGUUACGGAAAAGACACCCUUCAAAGAUGACCUGGGAUUAAUAGGUAUUAACAGCUUUGGGUUUGGUGGUGGUAACUGUCACCUUCUGCUGCGGUGGCAUCCCAAAACCAAAGUAAAGUUUAGUACUCCUAAAGAUGAGCUGCCUAGGUUGGUAUGCGUAAGUGGAAGAACAGAACAAGCCGUCAUUACUUUACUUGAUUCUGUAUUGUGUAAUAAUGUGCUAGAUGCUGGAUAUGUGAAAUUAUUGCAUACUGGUUUCAGAAAAAAUGUUGAAAAUCAUAUGUACAGAGGUUACACCUUGACAUCGAAUCUGGGUGAAACUGCAAGGUCGAUAAAAUUUGUUAAGGAAUUUCCUAAGAGUCCACGACCAUUUUAUUUUGCUUUUGAAGAAUUAAAUAAUUGGUACAAUGUCGGUUGUGACUUAAUGUCUCUUCCCAUGUUUUCUACAUCUAUUCAAAGGAUACAAAAAGUCCUUGUGAGCAAGCAGGUGAAUAUUUUUGAUAUCCUGCUCAAAAAAUCUCCAAAUAAAGACGUAGGUGAUUUGUUAGGAAGUGUUGUUGUUCAAAUUGGUGUAAUAGAUGUAUUAAAUUUGCUAGAAAUUAAGGCAACUGAUAAACUGGAAUGUUCGUUUGGGGAACUGCUCUCUGCUUAUUACGAAGAAUUGCUAUCACUGGAAGAGACGAUUGAUUAUGCUUUCUCCAUAAAUAAAGCCUUAAAUAACAUAAAUGAAAUAGUGGAAAAUAAUAAUAAUAAUAAACAGGAAAUCAAGGCAAUAAACGGCGACUAUAUCCCAAAUGGUAACACAACAAAUGACAACCAAGUUUCCAAUGUUAUCCAAAUUGGAAGUGAAACAACUUUAAAACACCUUAGAACCUUUUUAAAGAACAAAAAUUUAACCACAAUAAAAGAUGAUUUAUUAGUUAGAGUUUUGAAAGACUUGAAGUCGUCUAAAGGCAGCAAAGAUAAAAAAUGGUUAAAACAUGUUAUAAGUGCCAUAUUUAAUGUGUUUCAAAAUAUUGAUACACUAAGCCCAGACUCAAUUAUCUUAAAAAUGGGUGAUGGUCCAUCUUAUGAAUUAGAAGAAGAUCAGAUCAUCUCUCCAUUCUGCCAAGGAGCUAAAAAUUAUUUAGUGGAAUUCUUUAAAGGAAUUGGAAGCUUGUAUGAACUUGGUUAUAAUCCUCAAGUAAGUAAACUGUAUCCCUCUGUACAGUUUCCCGUGAGCAGAGGAACUCAGAUGGUCUCUCCCUUUAUAAAGUGGAAUCACCGCAAAACAAAAUGUAUUCCUGAGUAUAAUAUCGAGGUGGCCAGUCAGGCUACGCAUGGAGGCAGGUCAAUUAAAAUUCAAAUGGACGAUCACAAAUGGAGGUACAUUAAGGGUCAUGUUAUUGAUGGCAGAAAUUUAUUUCCCGCGAUGGGGUAUUUGUAUGUAGUAUGGGAAACAUUUUCAAUUAUGAACAAUGUACCAAUUAGUGUGAUGCAAGUGUGUUUUGAAAACUGCAAAUUCAUAAGAGCGACGACAUUGCCUAAGAAAGGUCACAUCACACUGUAUGUUAAUAUCAACAAAGGGAGCGGCAACUUUGAAGUUGUUGAAGGAGAUGCUCCAGUGGUGACUGGAAAAAUUUCAUUGUUGGGAACUAAGGCGGAUACUGAAGAUUUACGUCAGUACCAUUAUUCCUUCGUCACGCAAUCCUCAAACCUCAAACUCAAAACAAAGGAUGUUUACAAGGAGCUGAGACUACGAGGAUAUUCAUAUAAGGGAGAUUUUCGAGCAAUUGAGGAUUAUGAUAUCUCAACGUCGAACGCUCACAUAAAAUGGAACGAUAACUGGGUGACAUUCAUGGACAACAUGCUGCAAUUGAAGAUCCUGAAAUAUGACAGUAGGUUAUUGUACGUGCCAACGUACAUUUCUAAGUUAACUAUACUGGCUAAAGUCCAUUUGGAGAUGGUAAACACCGAAUUGAUGAAGGGACAGAAAUCUCCCAUUUUACCUGUCUUGAACGAUAUGGAAACUGGAACAAUAAGAUGCGGUGGAAUAAAUAUUUGGGGCUUAAUAGCGACCUCAAUUCCAAAAAGAAAAAUACUAGGCAUUCCAGUACUGGAGACCUACAAAUUUGUACCUAACUUCACAGUGCUGGAUUUACACCAGUCUAUAAGAGUGAACACCCAAAUAAUCUUAGAAAACGCCCUCUUGUAUAAAGUCAAGGCUGUGGAACUUAUCGACGAGUUUACCAGAAAAGACAUUGUUCCUUUAUCACCUAUCAUCAAGUCGGCCCUUGAGGACCAGCCCUUGAUCCAACCAUUCCUCAAGAUACUGAGCAAAACUCCAAUGGAGGAUAUAGAUAUUGAAGUAGAGGACAAGAAACUGACAAGCGAAACGGACUGUUUGCUCGUGAUAGCUUCGAAUAUACUGAACAGGCCUGACGUUUUAAAAGAGGCUUGUGCUGUGCUAACAGAGAGUGGAUUCAUUCUAACCAGGGAAUCCCACAAAUUUGACACCUCCAAAGAUGUGGGUCCAGAUAUUUCUGUUUUCACAGUACACCGAACGGUGGACGAGACCCUCUUUCUUCUCCGGAAGCUGUCCAAAACAAAAAAAUCUAAACACGUCAAUGUGAACUCCCUGGGGAACUUCUCUUGGUUACCGGAAGUGCAAAACUCUGUCAUCAAGGAGAAAAAUGAAGAUAUAGUCCUAUACGUGGAAAACGAACCCACCAGUGGAAUUUUGGGCCUGACCAAUUGUUUGAGAAGAGAGCCUCCCAGUAAGAACGUCAGGUGUGUGUUCAUGGUAGAUGAAGGGGAACCAUUUAGUCUGCAAUCCUCGUUCCAUUUAAGUCAGUUAAAGAAACAAAUGGCCAUAAAUGUCUACAAGGAAGGACAAUGGGGCACCUACAGACAUCUCCUGUUGGACAACCAGAGUAUAGUGGAGAGCGAGCACUGUUUUGUAAAUAUCAUGACAAGAGGGGACUUAACGAGUCUGAAGUGGAUAGAGGGGCCCCUCCGACACGACAUGAAGGACAAACCAGAGCAAAAACUGGUACACGUGUAUUACUGUGCGCUGAAUUUUAGAGAUGUCAUGACUACCACUGGGAAAAUCACCGUGGAUGUGGUGACGCAGAAUCGUUUGGCUCAAGAAUGCAUUCAAGGAUUCGAAUUUUCGGGCAGGGACAAAAAAGGAAAUCGUAUUAUGGGUAUGAUACCUUAUGGAGCACUAUCCUCUCUAAUAUUAGAUGAUCUUUAUAUGAUGUUUCCGAUUCCUGACUCUUGGAGUUUCGAAGAAGCAGCCACAGUUCCAGUAGUCUACGGCACUGUGAUUUAUGCCUUAAUCAUACGCGGACAAAUUAUGAAAGGUGACAGCAUCCUAAUUCAUUCCGGUACAGGAGGAAUUGGACAGGCUGCGAUAAGAAUUGCCCUGUAUUAUGGAUGCAAAGUGUUUACCACCGUUGGUACUAAAGAAAAACGUGACUUCCUUAAAAAAACUUUCCCACAACUCAAAGAUCACCACAUCGGCAAUUCUCACGAUGAAUCAUUUGAACAGUGGAUCUCCGUUGAAACAAACGGCCGUGGCGUGGACUUAGUAUUGAAUUCUUUAGCAGAGGAAAAACUGGUCGCAUCUAUUAGAUGUCUCACCAAAGGUGGCAGGUUUAUAGAAAUCGGCAAAUUUGACAUGGCUAACAACCACCAUCUUAACAUGUUGCUCUUCGAGAAAGAACUCAGUUUCCAGGGAGUGAUGUUGGAUCUACUGUUCAACAGUCCUCCGUAUGUACAGCAAAAAGCCUUGGAAACAUUCAGGGAGUGCCUCAGGUAUGGUGCCAUCAAACCACUCAACAGAACAGUAUUUAAAUGUGAUGAAGUAGAACAGGCCUUUAGGUUUAUGGCCACUGGCAAGCACAUGGGAAAAGUACUGAUUCAGCUUCGCAAGCCCGAGAAUGAAUUAGUCAAGCGACCUUCCGUUACGAAGUUCUCCGGACUUGCAAGAUAUUUCUGUGAUCCUGAUAAAGUUUACAUAGUUGCCGGUGGUUUGGGCGGUUUCGGUUUAGAACUAACCGACUGGUUGAUUCUUAGAGGAGCAAAAAGGGUGGUGUUAACCUCUAGGAAGGGAGUAUCCACUGGAUAUCAAAACUAUAGAAUAAACAUAUGGAAGUCGUACGGGGUCCUCAUAAAAAUAUCGACCGCUCCCAUAACAACAAGGAAAGGAUGCCGAGAGCUCCUAGAAGAAUCUUUCGAGUUAGGUCGUAUCGAUGCCAUCUUCAAUUUAGCUGUAGUCCUAGCUGACGGACUUUUUGAAAAUCAAACAGUGGAAAAUUUUGACACAUCUUUUGGGCCUAAAGCUAACGCCACCAAUUAUUUGGAUGAACUGACAAGAAAAUUAUGUCCCGACUUAAGCGAAUUUGUUGUAUUUUCUUCGGUAUCAUGUGGAAGAGGUAAUGCCGGACAAACUAACUACGGUAUGUCAAAUUCGGUUAUGGAAAGAAUUUGUGAAGCCAGAAGGGCAGCAGGUUAUCCUGCAUUAGCCAUCGAAUGGGGAGCAGUCGGAGAGGUUGGACUGGUUGCUGAAAUGCUUGAAGACGACACGGAAAUUGAGAUAAGUGGCACAUUGCAACAGCGAAUUUCAAACUGUCUCCAAGUGUUGGAUGUCUUACUUAGACAAAAAGAUGCUGCAAUCGUAUCCAGCAUAGUAGUAGCAGAAAAACGAGGAAUUAAUUCUGCGGAUAACAUAGUAGAUGCUGUUAUCAACAUUCUAGGUCUAAAUGAUUCCAAAUCAGUGAGUUUACACUCGACCCUGGCCGAACUCGGUAUGGAUUCGAUAACAGCCGUCGAAAUCAAACAAGUUUUAGAAAGGGAUUUCGAAGUGUUCCUGACCGCCAAAGAUAUCAGGACGAUGACUUUGGCUAAGUUGCGUGAGAUGCAAAAUGAGAAGUUAGGAGAACAAGAUGGUAAUGAAAAUGUAGCACAUUUUGGAAUUGAGAUGGUAAUCCGUACGAUAGGCAAUGAGAUGCAGAGUUCACUGCCUUAUGUGGAAAUGAUUUCCAAGAUUUCUCGAGAUUCUGAGGCUCCCACAGUGUUCCUAUUUCCAGGGAUAGACGGCGUCAUCGACGUCUACCAAGAUCUCACCAAGGAGUUGAAUGCUCAUGCGAUUGGUGUGCAACUAAACCUGGACGAUAAUCAGAGUACUAUUAAAGAAAUGGCUGAAUCCGUAAUGACGACAUUGGAUAAGUGUUUGUGCAGCAAUGAAUUUAUUUUAGUUGCUUAUUCAUUUGGAGCAAUAGUAGCAUUGGAAGUUGUCAGUAUUUUAGAGUCUCGUGGCUACCAUGCUACCAUAAUAAUUAUUGACGGAUCACCCUUACUUCAGAAACAGAUGUUGUUAAACUUAGAAAUAGAAACCGAUAGGAUCUUCGAAACAGCCGUCCUGUGUCAUCUUCUGUCUUUCUAUAUGACCAUCGAAGAAGUUGGAAAACAUAAGGAAAAAAUCUUUAAAUGUGAUACGUGGGACGAUAGGGUAGACUUGGGGAUUGAAAUAAUAAAACAUAAUACCACCCAUGAAGCAAACUAUCAAAGACUAGUCGCCAACAGAAUCUACACCAGGGCCAAAGCACUGAUGACUUACACUCCCUCGUAUACGAAGCUGAAAUCUAGGGUGAAACUACUCAAACCCAGCCAAGCCAUUGUGACCGGCCUUCCCGAGGAUUAUGGGUUAUCAGAGUAUUUUGAGACACCCAUAGAAGUGUUAACUGUGAAUGGCAAUCAUGUUACUAUUUUAGAAAAUGAAAUAGUAGCGGCAACGAUAAAUGAAUGUCUGCCUCCAAUUACCGAUGCUGCUUAAGUAAUUUGUUUAGUUUAGCAUUUAAAUUUAUUAAGUGUAUGUACAAAUUCGUUAAAUAUAGUACUUACGUUUGAAUAAUUUUUUAAAAUAUUUGUCAUUGUAUUAUACGUAAAAAUAAAUGGAAAGAGUCCAGUCA